AUGACCACAUACGAUUUCUACGCCGACGCCGACUGGGCUUCUUUAUCACGUUGGUGGCCUCUUUUCGAAGCUCAAGACGAUCCAGACAAGAACACGCCACCGGAUAUGACUUGUUCGGCAAUCUCUCCAACGUCGACUCUCAUCAACACUCCUGAGAUGCAACCCAUGCCGGUGUCAUGCUCUUCCACGCCAUCGGGGCAUUGCCGCGUCCAAGGCCUUGCUUCCUGCCUCCGAGCCAUGGACGACAAGACUUUCUCCUGGAACUUUAAGUCUCUGAGCGCGACAGCCCUGGACCAAGCAUUGAUGCAGGGCCCUCACUUCCUCAGCAUGAGCCACUCCUGCUGCGGCAACACGCUGCUGUCACUGGUCGUAGCCCAGGGAUGCUCCGUAGACACCAUGGGGUUUCUCCUGAGCCGCACCCGCAUUCGCGAAGAGCACGGAUACAGAAUCUCUGAUUUCGUCGAGGAGCUGGGCAGGGCCAUAGUCACUCUGGUGACCAAUUCUCGCACGCGUUGCGUGGGGAACUGCCUGCCCGGUGACGGCAAAAAAUGCCUUUAUCUGCUUCUUCGCGCCGCCACCCUCAACUCGUUUGCGAAGACGAACUGGUACCACACCGGCAAAAUGCGCGCUUGGCUCUUGGAAACUUUCGAGGUCGCUUGCGCCUGGAAGUCGGCGCCUGCCGCCAAUGCAGACCCAGAGCUCAGUGACACGAAGACAAGCUACCCGGCUCCCAUCCCCGCCCUCCUUGACUUUGCAGAAUGCAUCAUCGAACUACUGGAUUAUCACAACGGCCCCGACGGAAUUUUCGACGCUACAUUAUGGACUGGGAUCCUCAAGUGCUUGUGGACCCACGAGCGCAUCACCAAAGGCACCCUGACCCGAGUCACCAAUGUGACGCUGCGUCUCUUGUCGCUCGGCGCUUCCAAAGAGAUAGAGUUGCCCGGGACCGUCAAGGGCGGCAAUUUCCUUGCAUGUGUCAAAUCCGGCCUCUCCCCUGACGAAGGCGCGGACCCCAACCUUGACGACAUCGAUGUCAAGAUCGAUGAGAAACAUGUCAGACCCACCAGCGUCACUGACAGUUUCCUUGCUAUUGAGUGGGAGUUGCUACUGCGGAAGCGCCAGGAGAACAUUGUGAAGCUCCAGACGAUAAUCCUAGGCGCUGACAGUACUUCGUCUGCGAGCCCGGCAGCGACAGUGAUGGGGGUGGCUAUCGAUGCGGACCUCAGUGGUACUGAAGCCCAGCCCAACGACUCGAAGGAGAACGACGAUGCCCGCUCGAGUGUUCUCCACGGUUCUCAAUAA